AUGCUGAGGUAUAACAAGCUUGAAGCAGUGAAACUGAAAAAAAUAAACGAUAAGAAGAGACUCACCAUACACAAUGUCCUGCACUUGAGCGUGGGACAUGUACUGGAUAUAAAUACGGUUGAUGUUGGUGUGGAGGCUCUGACGAUUGAUGUGAAAUUCGAACAAACUGAUCCUGAAGAUAUCAAUGAGGACGCUCUGAAAGAAUACAAUGACUCUGACAAUGUACAAUCUGCAGACUCAGACGAUGAUCCUCUGAUGAUUGUGAAGAAAGAACAGUCAAAUAUCGACGAGGAGGCUCUAGAAGGGAACAGCGUCUCUGACAUCAUACAAUCUGCAGACUCAGACGAUGAUCCUCUAAUGAUUGUGAAGAAAGAACAGUCAAGUGAUCUAUCCUUGAAGAGAUUUAAAAAAGCCUUACAGAGGAAUCCCGAAGAUUUAACCUCUAGAAACUUGAAAACCCAUGAACUCAUACGGAGUGCAAAGGGAGCGUCACGGCUAGAGCCCCAAGAGGAGCGAUGA